GUGGAAGAAUAUUCUUGAGUCUUGAUGACCUUGGCCAUGAGUCUUCUUAUCCUUGCUCUAUGCAUCGUUUCAGCAGUGGGUGACGACGAAGGGGAGGCGAUCGUGUCCAGAUUCCAGGAGUAUCUGCGAAUCAACACGGUUCAACCCAAACCCGAUUACUACAAAGCCGUUGACUUUAUCAACUCUCAAGCCAAAUCCCUCUCCCUUGAAACUCAGACAAUCGAGUUCGUUAAGGGAAAGCCGAUUCUCCUCCUCAAAUGGGUUGGAUCCGACCCAACUCAACCUGCCAUUCUACUCAACUCCCACACCGAUGUCGUCCCCUUCGAGGAAUCCAAGUGGACACACCACCCGCUCCACGCUCACAUUGAUAAACAGGGAGACAUAGUUGCCAGAGGUUCGCAAGACAUGAAGUGCGUUGGGAUGCAGUACCUCGAGGCCAUACGCAAGCUCCAGGGUUCUGGCUUCCACCCAAUCCGAUCCCUCUAUCUCUCCUUCGUCCCCGAUGAAGAGAUCGGUGGCUACGAUGGAGCCGAGAAGUUCGCCGAAUCCCACCUCUUCAAGACGUUGAACGUCGGUAUCGUGCUCGACGAAGGACUGCCAUCGCCUAGUAAGAGUUACAGAGUAUUCUAUGGAGAGAGGAAUCCCUGGUGGCUUGUGAUUAAGGCUAAAGGACCCCCUGGCCACGGUGCCAAGCUCUAUGACAACUCUGCUUUGGAGAAUCUCCUCAAAAGCAUUGAGAAUAUUCUUCGAUUCAGAGCUUCUCAAUUCGAUCUUCUUAAAGCUGGUGGCACUGCUGAAGGCCAUGUCGUCUCCGUCAACAUGGCCUUCCUCAAGGCUGGCACACCCUCCCCAACUGGUUUCGUGAUGAAUCUGCAACCUUCUGAGGCAGAAGCUGGUUUCGACAUUCGUAUCCCUCCCACCGUUGAUUCUGAAGCACUUGAAAGACGUCUGGUGGAGGAAUGGGCUCCCGCCGCACGCAACAUGUCCUUUGAGUUCAAGCGGAAGCAUUCGGGGGAACCCCUCGUUACAGCAGCAGAUGAUUCAAAUUCUUGGUGGAGGCUCUUGGAAAAUGCUGUCAAGGAAGCCGGAGGUAGUACUAGUAAGCCUGAGAUUUUCCCUGCAUCAACAGAUGCUCGCUACUUCCGGAUAGCUGGCGUGCCUGCGUUUGGCUUCUCUCCCAUUUCAAACACCCGGAGUUUGCUUCAUGACCACAACGAGUAUUUGGGUAAAGCUGAGUACUUGAAGGGCAUUGAGGUGUAUGUUUCAGUAAUCAAAGCUUAUGCAUCAUAUGAAAGCAAGAGUGGUUCACGAGAUGAGUUAUAAGGGUCCUCUGUCCUCCUUUAUUGUUGCAUGCAUGACACAAAUUUUGAGCUUCAAGUCUU